AUGGUCGAUUGGAAAUUUGCAGUUUUGGCUUUGGAGUCUGACUUUGCUAGCCAACGGAGAAGGAGCAACGUCGUUUUAACGGGGCAAGACACGUGGCUGAUUGGGGUGAAUGUAACAACGUUGUACACACAGAUACGUUUUUCUUCUUUUCAUCGAUUAGUAUGACACGUACUCUCUCUCCCCCCGUAUCGACUGUUUUUACAGAUGCAACCAACAGACCGGCGAAGCUUUGCGAAACGGAGAACUGCGUCCGCAUAGAAUUCGCCGCGGUAUACACGGCACAGUUGACGCUCAUCCCCCCAUUCUUUCUUCCGGUCCUCACUGAAGAAGAGGGCGCUACUGUACUUUGUCUGUUUCGACUGGCGCUUUCGUUCUCUCUUUGCUAUUGCAGAUACGCGUGCGGAAAGUGGCCAGACGAGCAUCCUAUACCAGACAAGAGUCUAACGAACUCGUGGUUCGACGAGCGCCGAGAGAGAAUGUACAGGAAAAUCAGAGAACUGUUGCGGGACAACGGGACGAGAAGCGAGGUACCGUGGGCCGUCUCGCAGGCGAAAAUAUUGUACAACAGCUGCAUGGACGGCCACGCGAUAAACGAGCUGGGGCUCGAGCCACUGUUCGACCUGCUGCAGCAACUCAAUUUGCCACGAGUUCCCGCCGCGUUCACCAAGAAGAAGACCAACGGCUACAUCGAACAGAUAGCCAGGGUGAAGAAACUUCUGGGCAAGGACGUGUUCUUCGGUUUCGACGUUAUCCCCGAUCCUCGGAACACCAGUAACAACGUCAUGUUGCUCGACACGCCGAUCAUGAGCAACCCCUUACCCAACGACAAGGAGCUCGAGAAACGACUGCACGCGGUCAGGUCACGUUUCCGGAAACUGGAGGAUCAAGAGGAAGAAGAUGAGGAGGAGGAAAGUAGCGAGAGCAAGCAGAGGAAGGAAGCAGAAACGACCUACAUAACCGAGGUGAUUAAACAGGUCGUGAACAAUGGGACCCUCGACUCGUGCGCCUUGAACGAUGAAUCAUCGUCGUUCCCGGACGAGCAAGACCUGGACGAAAUAGUCGAUACGCUCUACGAAUUGACCAGCACUUUUUACUACCAUUCUGAGCCGAUUGCACCAGAACCGAAACCACUGCACCACUCGGUCGUCUUGCAGCUGUCUCGUCUGGAGAGCAACGAGAGCAUCUGGGAGGACGAUCCGACCGAUGAUAAUUACAUGUUAAUGGACGAUCUUCAAAAGUUGACCGACCUCUUCGUGACGGAAGUCAAUUCGACGCUCACGCCUAAACCAUUGUGGCGGCCGUUCGUCGAGUCAUUGUUCGAGGACAUCGUCGGCACUUUGGAUUUAAACGAGAAGGACAAGAUAUUGGUAGCCGAUUUAGAAUACUUGAAGGAGGUUGCUCUAACGUUGGCUCUCGCCGACGAAGAAGAACUGGAGAGCUACAUCUGGUGGGUGGUCGUGGACGCAGUGGUGCCUCACUCGUCCGACAAUUUGAAGAAUAUCUGGUUGGACUACAUCAGCGAGAUGACCAACAUCGAGAUCGGCGAAUCGAGAUCUCUUCUUUGCACAUCCGCGGUCAACGAACUCAUGGGAAUGGCGGUCUCUUGGCUGUUCGUCGACCCGUCGUUUCACGAAAACAAAGGCAAAAAGGUGCUGGAGAUGCUGGACGACAUAAAACAAGCCUUCGCCUCGAUGGUUUCGCGCACCGAUUGGAUGGAUCGACAGACGAAAAUGGCCACGCUGGAGAAAAACAAGAACAUGAUUUCUCAAAUUGGCUUUCCAGAUUGGUUGUUCGACGAGACGGCGCUCAACGAGUACUACGAGGGCAUAGAUCUGUCGGAAACGGAAUACCUGAACAACAUGAUUCAAAUCGUUCGACUCAUGUCCCUCUCCGAAUUGGAAUGCAUUCACCAAGUUAACUACAACAACCUGUCGUAAUCGACGUUCUAAUUUCAGAUCUCUGAAUUACGGCGCCAUCGGGACGGUGCUUGGCCACGAAUUAACUCACGGAUUCGACAACGUCGGAAGACACUACGACAGCAAUGGAAACGUGAGGCAAUGGUGGACCAACGAGACCGUCACGAGAUACACUGAGAAAACUGACUGCUUUAUACGUCAUUACAACACCUAUUACGAGGCUGACGUGGACGAUUACAUCGACGGCGAGCAUACACUGGGCGAAAAUAUAGCCGACAACGGAGGCCUCAGGGAGGCUGUAGCCGCUUACGAAAGAUGGAAGUCCAGGCACGGUCAAGAGCCCCUGCUUCCGGGAUUCACUCACCUUACCCACGAGCAGCUCGUUUAUCUCAGUUUCGCUCACGUUUGGUGCGAGGCCUAUACGCCAAAAUCAUUGCGAUGGAUACUACAAGACGCCCACUGUCCCGGCCACGUGAGGCUCCUCGGAGUUCUCAAAAAUUCCAAGGAAUUCAGC